GCCGUUACCUGAUUAAGGAUUGCUGUGCCUUGGAGUUAUUUUACAUGCUUCUUACUCUUUUUGCAGACCACGAAACCCUGGGGCACGCCCCUCUAGAAGCUGUUAUUCAAGACAAUCUAGUUUUCCUUCAUAAAUCUCUUUAGACACUUAUGAAGUUUCUUGUUCUGAAAUUGCUGUACUGCAAUGAAGAAAAGGAGAAAGGUUACUACAAAUCUUGAUGAGAAGAUCCAUCUAGGCUAUCAUAAAGAUUCUUCAGAAGGAAAUGUUGCUGCAGUGGAGUGUGACCAAGUGACCUAUCCUCAUUCUACAGAAAGACCAACUCCUGAGGCUCUUAGCUGUUACCAGGAACUUCCACCCUCUCCAGAUCAGAGAAAGCUUUUGAGUUCUUUGCAGUACAAUAAGAAUUUGCUGAAAUAUUUAAAUGACGAUAGGCAGAAGCAACCAUCUUUCUGUGAUUUACUUAUCAUAGUAGAAGGAAAAGAAUUUAGUGCACAUAAGGUAGUCGUUGCUGUUGGCAGUAGUUAUUUUCAUGCGUGUUUGAGCAAAAAUCCAAGUACUGAUGUUGUUACCCUGGAUCAUGUAACACAUUCAGUUUUUCAGCAUUUGCUUGAAUUUCUUUACACAUCAGAAUUUUUUGUGUAUAAAUAUGAAAUACCUCUUGUUUUGGAGGCUGCCAAAUUUUUGGACAUUAUAGAUGCAGUGAAGCUGCUAAAUAAUGAAAAUGUUGCCUCUUUUCAGUCAGAGCUAACUGAGAAGUCAUCACCAGAAGAAACACUAAAUGAAUUAACUGGAAGACUAUCAAAUAAUCAUCAGUGCAAAUUCUGUAGUAGACAUUUUUGUUAUAAAAAGUCUUUAGAGAAUCAUUUGGCUAAAACUCAUAGGUCCCUUUUGUUAGGGAAAAAACAUGGGUUAAAAAUGCUGGAGAGAAGUUUUUCUGCAAGAAGAUCAAAAAGGAAUCGGAAGUGCUCUGUUAAGUUUGAUGACACUAGCGAUGAUGAACAGGAAAGUGGUGAUGGGUCAGACAAUUUAAAUCAAGAACAUUUUGAUAAGGAAAAGUCAGAUAGAAAUGAUUCUGAGGAUCCUGGAAGUGAAUAUAACGCUGAAGAAGAUGAGCUAGAGGAGGAAAUGUCAGAUGAAUACUCUGACAUUGAAGAACAAAGUGAAAAAGAACAUAAUGAUGCAGAAGAAGAACCUGAGGCUGGUGACUCUGUAGGAAAUAUUCAUGAGGGUUUGACUCCAGUAGUGAUUCAGAACAGUAACAAAAAAAUAUUGCAGUGUCCUAAAUGUGAUAAAACAUUUGACCGCAUAGGGAAAUAUGAGAGCCACACCCGUGUUCACACAGGUGAGAAGCCCUUUGAGUGUGAUAUUUGUCAUCAGCGCUAUUCAACAAAGUCUAACCUAACUGUUCACAGAAAGAAGCACAGUAAUGAAACAGAAUUUCAUAAGAAGGAGCACAAGUGCCCUUAUUGUAAUAAACUUCAUGCAAGCAAGAAGACUUUAGCCAAGCAUGUUAAGAGAUUUCAUCCAGAAAAUGCACAAGAAUUUAUUUCCAUUAAGAAGACUAAGAGUGAAAGUUGGAAAUGUGAUAUUUGUAAGAAAUCUUUUACUCGAAGACCACACUUGGAGGAACAUAUGAUUCUACAUUCUCAAGAUAAACCUUUUAAGUGUACCUAUUGUGAAGAACAUUUCAAAUCACGGUUUGCACGCUUAAAGCAUCAAGAAAAGUUUCAUCUGGGUCCUUUUCCCUGUGAUAUAUGUGGUCGCCAGUUUAAUGACACUGGAAAUUUGAAACGCCAUAUAGAAUGUACUCAUGGUGGAAAGAGAAAAUGGACUUGCUUUAUCUGUGGAAAAUCAGUACGAGAAAGAACUACUUUGAAAGAACAUUUACGAAUUCAUAGUGGAGAAAAGCCUCAUCUUUGUAGUAUUUGUGGACAAAGUUUUCGUCAUGGAAGUUCAUACAGACUUCACUUACGAGUACAUCAUGAUGAUAAAAGAUAUGAGUGUGAUGAAUGUGGAAAAACAUUUAUUCGUCAUGACCAUCUUACAAAGCACAAAAAAAUACAUUCAGGUGAAAAAGCUCAUCAGUGUGAAGAAUGUGGGAAAUGUUUUGGUCGUAGGGAUCAUCUCACUGUUCAUUACAAAAGUGUACACCUUGGAGAGAAAGUGUGGCAAAAAUAUAAAGCAACAUUUCAUCAGUGUGAUGUUUGUAAGAAAAUUUUUAAAGGCAAAUCAAGUCUGGAAAUGCAUUUUCGGACACAUUCAGGUGAAAAACCAUACAAAUGUCAAAUUUGCAAUCAGUCUUUUAGAAUUAAGAAAACAUUAACAAAACACCUGGUUAUUCAUUCUGAUGCCCGACCUUUCAACUGUCAGCACUGUAAUGCAACAUUUAAGCGGAAGGACAAGCUGAAAUACCACAUUGACCAUGUUCAUGAGAUAAAAUCUCCUGAUGAUCCUCUUAGUACUUCUGAGGAAAAACUUGUGUCUUUGCCAGUAGAGUACUCAUCUGAUGAUAAAAUCUUUCAAACAGAAACAAAACAAUAUAUGGACCAGCCCAAAGUUUAUCAAUCAGAAGCCAAGACUAUGUUACAGAACGUGUCUACUGAAGUGUGUGUCCCAGUAACAUUGGUUCCGGUUCAGAUGCCUGACACUCCCAGUGAUCUGGUUCGUCACACUACCACACUCCCUCCGUCUUCUCAUGAGAUCUUGCCACCACAGCAACAGUCAACCGAUUAUCCACGGGCAGCUGAUUUAGCUUUUCUGGAAAAAUACACUCUCACUCCUCAGCCUGCAAACAUAGUUCAUCCAGUCCGGCCUGAACACAUGCUGGACCCUAGAGAACAGUCCUACCUUGGAACGUUACUGGGCCUUGAUCACACUACUGGUGUCCAAAAUAUUCCUACCAGUGAGCAUCAUUCAUGAGUCAAUCUAAACAUUCCACAGACUUUUUCAUGGUUACGUGCUAAUGAUAGCCAAAAGCUAAUGGCUUUUAAAUUAGUAGGGCUGCUAUUUUUUCAUUUUCUCUAGUUUCUCAAGUCCUUAGAAUAAUUUUAAAUCAAGAAAACUAUGUAUUUCUUCUGUUUACUGAACAUAUGAAUAUUUGGAUACACUUUCUGACAUAAUAUUUGAAGUGAGCAUUUUUAUGAUUUUAAAAGGUUAUUUAGUGCUAAUUUUUAAUGGAUUCUCAAACUUUUCAGAAUUAGUAACUGCUGACAUUAUGUUUUUAUUUUUUAAUUAUCAGUGGAUAUGUUUGUUCUUCUUUAGUGGCAUUUGUCUCUUUUCCCUUUCCUAUCUUACAAACAACAUUAAGGCCCAUAUACCCUUUAAGAAGGCACUGUCAGAAUAUACUGAUGAUUGCACCUGUUCUUAUUCUAAUUUAAGAUUUUAUUUUAUCUAGAUUUUUAAAAUCAAAAUUGGUAAUUUGAAUUUAUAAGAAAGUCUUUAGUUAUUUCUACUUUGUCUUUCCAUCUGUCCAUAAUUUUAGAUUAUCAUUAUUCUAUGGAUUUUUGAUAAAUUCAAAGCCAGAAAGAUAAGUAAUGUAAGUUUAUCUUGUUAAAUGUAGGAUUAAAAUAAUUAUAUAGAUAAUAAUUGGCAUAUAUUUCAGUCAUUCUGAAUAAGAAAGACAAAAGGUCUAGGUAUUAAAUCAUAGAAUUUAAAAAUAUUUUAAAAGAAAACUAUGACUGUUUUGUCUAGACAUAUUUCAAGGUAAUUGUACCUCUAAUGGUUUGCCAUUUCUUUCAGAAACAUUAACAAUAUUUCAUGGCAUUUAUCUUCAUCUCACUAAGGAAGGGGUAAUUAAAACUAAUGAAAUUUGAUUAAACAUGCUAUUUUUGAUUUCUUUCACUUUGGCUAAUAGAAACUCUGGAAAACAGAGCUUAGUGAGAUAAUUCAUAUAUAAUUGUUAGAAAAGGUGCCAAACAAAUUAUAAAAUGUGUGUCUAGUUUAACUUAAUGCUGUUGAAUUAAAUGGAACCACUACUUGUAUGCAGAUUUACAUGCACUCUAGAUGUGUACUUUUGCUUUAACAUAUGCCUAAUGGGAGUAAUUAUCCUUGAUUUAUAUUUUUGUACAAGACAAAAGUUGGGGACUGGGUGAAAAGAAAUAGCAGUUACAGCAAAACCUCAUUGAUUAAAACUAAUUGAGGAAAAAAGUCAGUCAGAAGAAUUAGAUACCUUUAAAGACAUGCACUUUCCAUAUAUUUUCAAGUCAAUUUUAACUUAACUAAGAUGUUUCCUAGUAGAGUUGCUUGAGGAUUAGAUUAGGCAGGGUUGAUUUAUUAUUAGCAUGUCAUUUGUAUAUAGACUUGCUACUUAAAAUCAUUUUAAAAGUUUUCUUUUUCAGUUUUGUUUACACUUCUUAUUGCUUAAAGCACUUUUUUUUGUGUGUGUGUGUAUAAACUAUAAAGUCUGGCCUGGCCCUUGUGAAAAAAGAAUCACAAAUAAAAUAAUAAAGUUUUAGGUGAAUAAAAUUUAAGCCGUUAGUAAUGAGGGGAAACUAUUUGCUGAAGCACUUAAGAAAUGAAGGUACUUGACAGGAACAUUUGCCAUACUAGGCAAAGAUAAAAUAAAAUGAAAAAAUGUUGAGAAUUAAGGCAGUAAACCAAAGUAACUCAUAUAAAUAAUAAAACCAACCUGAGUUUUGCCUCAUUUAUCAAGGUUUGGUUGUAAUUAUCUUAAAACCAAUAGACAUAAUUACUAUGUUCUUUUUUUUUUAAAGCACUCUUAUUUACUUUGUGUGGAAAUGUUAUAUCUGGGGUACUUAAAUGAUUGAGCUUGACCAUAUGAGGUACUGUUAGUCUGUUUAGUCUUUCAGAUCAACUUUUAAAAAUGCAUAUCUUUAUGAUUUUUAUCAUAGACUAAGAUUGUGACUAAAAAUUUUACUGUCAUAAAAAGAAAUCAUACCUAAAAGUGUACCCUGUCUUAUAUAUAAGUUAAUGUAGAAAAGUCUGGACUUAAUAAAGGGGCAAAUGGUGUGUGUGUGUAUAUAUAUAUAUACACCCACACAUGUGUAAGUAUGAUGUAUUAUACAUUUGGCGGCCGAAAAAGAGGAUAUCGCAUUUUCACAUUGAAAAGAAUACUUUGCUUUUUUGAUGAUAAUUUACUUUAGGAUUCUUUUAAUAAUAAUGUCCUAAUACUUUAGGUAUAUGUGAUUUAAUUGUACAAACUGGUUUACAUAGAAUUUUUCUGGAAUACUUCUCUUUAUGUAAGAUGAAGUAUAAUUAUAUAAUUUAGUUACUGUUGUAGGUAAAUUUGAGUAGUGACUGACUAUUUCAUGAAAUGCUUUCACAUGUUAUUUCAUUUGAACCUUAAAGUCAGUUCUGAAAUAGAAAGGAUAUGCUGUAUUCCCAUUUUAGAGAAAAGAAUCUGAGGUUAAGAUAAAAGGACUCACUUAAGCUCCUGUGGUCCAUGAGUGGCAGAGCUCUAAGUAGAGAAAGAAGAAAGCUAGCAUUAAUGAAUGCUUAUUGUGUGCCAGGCACUACAUUCUUUCAUUUAACCUUAACCCAGUCUGAGAAGUAGGUAGUGUAAUUCUUAUGAAGAAAUAGUCUCAGUGGGUGAACAAAAACAAAACAAAACUACCCUGCUGCCUCUUAAUUUCUGAAUCUACAAGAAAUUUUAAAAUUGUGAAAACCUCAUGGAUUUGGGCAAACUGAAUGUAUAUAAGCUUUUGAAGUUGACACAAGUAUAAAGUGAGGCCUACUCUUUUCAGUCGAACUCUUAUAUUUGAUUUAGAGUAUUUGGGACAAAUACUCUAUAACUCUAAAAUCCAUUUGUUUUGUAACUACACUUAAAAAUUUUGAAUCUUGCAACUAAGUUUAGCCUCAUUCAGAUUUUUUUAAUUUUAUGAACAUAAUUUAUUGUUUUAAAUUAAUUUUUUUAGCAGAUAGCAGUUAGCACUUAAUCUAGAAAUUGAAUAAUCUAUCAAGUGCAGAAAUUUGUUAAUCUGUUUUGACUUACAUGCACCAAAGAUUUUUAGUAGGUAUUAAAUAGUUUAAAAGAAUUUAAAAUCUUUGUUGUUUGAAUAAAUAUUUGUCCAAAGAAGCACAGUUGAAGUCCUAGAAUAAUGGAUUUUUUAAAAAGAAUUGUUAGCUUGAAUACUGAGAUUAAGAAUUAAGUGUUUGUGUUUCUAUGUAUAAAAAUAAGAGCAGAAUACUCUGGGAAUAAUCAUACUGAUAAACCAAUAACAAGUAAGAGUACUCAGUUUUCCUCAAUUUAAUGAAUUAAUAUCUUUUAGUGAACACUAUUAAAUGCUAAAUAAUAAGCUUAUUUUUUACACUACACUAUCAAAAUAAUUUUUGCCUUAGAAAUUUUUUUAAGUCAAGUUGAGAUUAUUUUUGUAAGAAACCCCACCUAUUUUUUGCAGCCUAAAAUACCAUUUAAGGUUAGGGUUUGGUCUUGUACCAGCAAGAUUUAAACAACAACUGUAAAGGUAGUGGUCUUUGCAUACAUUUAAAUAAUUUAAACAUUUAUUGCUGGAAGAAAAGAGUAGCAAAAAUAGGGUUUUUAAUUGGUGCUUUAUUAAAUAAAUGACUUCCUUUUAAGUGACAGUAGGUCAUGAGACAGGUACACUAAUAAUUUUCUAUUAGACUUCAAAAGUAUCUAAACAUCUUUGUAGUGUAACUAAUAAAGUAUUUUUUAAGGGCUAAUAAGUAAUUAUUAUCAUUCAUUACUUUUUACUCUAUAAUUGCAAACACAUUAAAAAUACAAUUAAACUGGUAUAUUUAUACGUAAGUUUGAAUUUCCUUCCAGCCAUCUCACUCUAUGUAUCAUUGAUGAAAAGUCAAAUUUGACAGAUUUGAGCAUUAGCUCUUAGUGUCCUUUCAUAGCCAGUCUUUUCUGAAUUGAAUGCUUUGUGCCUUUCAAAUGUGUUGUAUUUGGUUAGAGUUGAUUCUGCUGGCUAGAUUAUACUAGUUAGUAAUUUUUUUUAAUGGAUCUUAUGUUUGUGUUGCCUGCUGGUAGGGCAACUUUUUUUUAGGUUUCUUUAUGUUUGUAAUGGCAAAUGGGCACUAAGUACUAGUGUGAACAUUUGUUUUUAUUUAUAAUUUUAAAAAUCUCUAUUGUGGCCUUUAUAGUUACUGUGAAGCCACUCCUGGGCCUGUCUCUAGAUGAUUAGUAGAAGAAUCUGACAAAAUAAGAGGAGUGUAUCUGCAUCUCUGUCUCUCUGUCUCUCUUUUGUAAAUAAAGAGUUACGUAACCAUAACCACACAGUUCUGCACUGAAUGACUUCUUUUUUCAGUUUGCCUAAAACUGAACAAGAGGUGAUGGUUCGAGGUGAGUUUCUCAUUAGGAGCAGCAACAUCCCAACCAAUAUAUUACUAUAACUUGAGUUGAUGGACUCAGGAAAAUUAGGACUUUCAGACAAAGUUGUAUUUGGAUAUUGUAAGAUUCAGUGCCAAAUUGAAAAAGACUAAAACUCUAUUCUUCAGUAAGGGACAAGUAGCGUUUCUAAAACUUUAAGCAGUGUUGUGGUCAGUGUUUCUUGCUGUUAGAGUGAAUAAUGGAUAGUGUGAGAAUAAUUUUCUAAACAAUUUCUAGGAACUAGACAUUACUUCUUUAGACCCUGCCCUUUUGCACAUUUCUCAUGCUAUGGGCUGUCUUAUUUUUCUUGGGGUAUGCCCUCUUUAUUUUCUCUGAAAUUAUUUUGACUUAAGAUACUUUCCUCUCAUGAUAUUAACAUGCUUCCUACUCUCCAGCAUUAAUGUGAUAGAAAUAACAGGAUUAAGUUAUGUGGAAGAUGUGAGGAAGAAGGUUUUGGUAGAGAAGAGUGCUUAUGUUUUGCUUACUCUUCAGGUACCAACUUGCUGUGUAUUGUUCUUAAGUCUGUGAUUCUUGAAAGAGCCCGAAACAACUUAAAUUUAGCCUUUGCAGCCAGAUAUAUAAAGAGAAAUUAUGGAUUAUGUUCAGAGAAUAGAGGUUAUAAAAAGAAUAAAACCUCUCCCCCCCCCCCAAAUUCUUAAAGACAGGUAAUAUCAGUACUCACAUUGCUGUUGGAAAUUCUAAAACAUUUAUUUAAUAAAGAGCAUGUACACACCUAAUUGUUAUUGCACCUCUUUGCUUGGUAUUUCUGCUUGCAUUAAAGUUGGACAAUGUGUGCUGUGGUAUAAUUAUAACAUUUUUAUUCCUUCCAACAAUCAGACUCUUCGUAUCCCUAUACAUAAACCUAUAUUACAGUUGAUGAGUGGGGCUGCCAAAAAGUGAUACAAAGUUGGGCAUUUUGCUACUCCAUGUGUGUAGUAAAUGUUCUGAUUAAGGGGAAUUAUGAUGUACAUUAAAGUAGAAAUGCGUUUGAAUUUGUUUUCAGUCUCAAAUCAUAAUUUUGGUUUUUAAUUAAGGAUACUGUUUAAAACAAGUACAAAGAAAAAUCUAAAAUAACGAAUUCAUUAUUGUCAACUGUGUGUAAAGUACCUUGUGAGUUUUAUAGAUAUUUUGGUUGUCUCAUGUUUCUUAAGUAAAAUGUCUUUAUAGAAAAAUACAGUUCUCUGUGAAGAAUAGGAAGUGUAUUGUAUAUUGAACUAGUUCUUUGUGUUAUUUUGAUAUUUAAAAUAAAUAUAAAGUUCUUUGAUCCU